AAAAUCCAUUCUAAUCGAUUCCCAGUAAUUGCGGUUAGCAGAAAAGGUUGCUCACUGCCGACAGAUAUUGGGAAAAAAUCAAGAGAAAGUCAUACACCAUGCCACAGGAGGAAACGGCAGCAACAACGGCACCGCCGCAGCAACAGCUCGAUGACGAAAUCGAAAAUGUCCGUGUGGUGGUGCGGACGAGGCCCAUGGAUAAGAAUGAGCUGACUGCUGGAGCCCUGAGUGCGAUAUCCGUGGAUAAGAUCAACCGGGCCAUCACCGUAAUGAAGCCCAACGCGACAGCCAAUGAGCCGCCCAAGACGUACUACUUCGACAACGUCUUCGAUGGCAGCUCCAAUCAGCUGGACCUCUAUGUGGACACGGCGCGGCCCAUUGUGGACAAGGUGCUGGAGGGAUACAAUGGCACGAUCCUGGCCUAUGGCCAGACGGGCACCGGCAAGACGUACACAAUGUCGGGGAAUCCAGACUCGCCCCAAACAAAGGGAAUUAUACCCAAUGCUUUUGCCCACAUCUUUGGACACAUAGCCAAGGCCCGAGAGAAUCAAAAGUUCCUGGUGCGCGUUAGCUAUAUGGAAAUCUACAACGAAGAGGUCCGGGAUCUUCUCGGCAAGGAUGUGAGCAAGAGUCUCGAGGUGAAAGAGCGGCCCGACAUCGGGGUCUUUGUCAAGGAUCUCAGCGGCUAUGUGGUGCACAAUGCGGACGAUCUGGAGAAUAUCAUGCGAUUGGGAAAUAAGAAUCGCGCCGUAGGAGCCACCAAAAUGAACCAAGAGUCCUCUCGGUCCCAUGCCAUCUUCUCCAUCACAGUGGAGCGGAGCGAGUUGGGCGAAGGCGGUGUCCAGCAUGUGCGCAUGGGCAAACUCCAGUUGGUGGAUCUGGCCGGAUCGGAGAGGCAGUCGAAGACUCAGGCCAGUGGGCAGCGCUUGAAGGAGGCCACCAAGAUCAAUCUUUCACUUUCGGUGCUGGGCAACGUCAUCAGCGCUUUGGUGGAUGGCAAGAGCACGCACAUUCCAUACAGGAACUCAAAGCUUACGCGACUGCUGCAGGACUCCCUGGGAGGCAACUCCAAGACCGUGAUGUGUGCCACCAUUAGUCCAGCGGACAGCAACUAUAUGGAGACUAUUUCCACGCUGCGCUAUGCGAGCCGUGCCAAGAACAUUCAGAAUCGUAUGCAUAUAAAUGAGGAGCCAAAGGACGCCCUGCUGCGCCACUUCCAGGAGGAGAUUGCCCGCCUGCGCAAGCAGCUGGAGGAGGGCACCCUCGAGGAGGAGCCGCCGAGCUCUGAGGAGGAGGAGGACACCGCCGACGAUGAGCUCGAGGCUCCGCUGGAGAUCGAAAUGGAGUCCUCUACUGUACAGGUGGCCGAGAAGAAGCCGAAAAAGAAACGCGAGAAGACCGACGAGGAGAAAGAGGAGCUGGCCCAGCGUAAGGACGAGCAUCUGCGCGAGAUCGAGCAUGCCAAGAGCGAGCAGGAGCAGCUGCGCAACAAACUGGUGUCCCUUGAGGGAAAGAUCCUGAUGGGUGGCGAAAAUCUCCUGGAGAAGGCCCAGACGCAGGAGAAGCUGCUGGAGCAAUCCAUUGCCGAGCUGGACGAGCGCGAAAAGACCGAGGAACAGCUGCGGGAAACGCUGCAGAAAAAGGCCACCGAACGCAUCGACAUCGAGGAGCGCUACUCCACGCUUCAGGAUGCCAGCACAGGGAUAACCAAGAAGAUACACCGUGUGAUGCAGAUGCUGAUGGGCGUCAAGUCGGAGCUGGCCGACCAGCAGCAGGAGCACCAGCGCGAGAAGGAGGGCAUCUACGAGAACAUCCGCAGCCUGUCCCGGGAGCUGGCCCUCUGCGAGCUGGUCCUCAACUCGUACGUGCCCAAGGAGUACCAGUCAAUGAUCAACCAGUACACGCACUGGAACGAGGACAUUGGCGAGUGGCAGCUCAAGUGCGUCGCCUACACGGGCAACAACAUGCGCAAGCAUAUCUCGGCCCACAAGUCCAGCGGCAAGGAGCCAGAGUUUGUCGAUCUCUCACACGUCUAUCUCAGCUACAACACAGACGGCGUCUCCAAUCCCAUGCGCCAAUCCAAGUCGGCCCGGCCGCGCACCUCGGGUGUGCCCCGCCCCACGACAGCUCGACGAUACUGAAGCCACACCAGUUCCGGUUCCAGUCUCAAUCUCGCUCCCACUCCCAAUGGUCCAUUGCUAGUCCAAGUCCAGGUUUUAGCCGGGCUACGUGCCCAGUUUUGGUUUCUUUUGUUGCUGCUCUUACUUUUCUACGGCUUGAAGUUCAUUUGCUCAGAGAAUUUCCGUUUAUAGUCUUUAGUUUUUGUUGAAUUAUUUUUUAGGCCAUACUUUUAGGUUGAACAACGGUGCAAUAUGUCUACAAUUAACAUUAAUUUAUAAUUUAUUCUAUGAUACGACUAAGCAGGAACAAGAUUUUACACCUAGGCACAAAUCAUGCAUAAGAAAGAUAUUAUUGAUGUGCUUUUGGCUUUUAAAUAAAUAGCAAUAUUAUACUCAAAA